AUGUCAGGCCAGCUGAGCGCAAGGGACCCUUUCCAGAUGCUUAAUUUCGAUUGCAUCAGCAUCGUUUUCACAUACUUGACGCCCAUUGAUGUCGUCCGAUGCAGCCUGACCAGCCGUACGCUGAGAGAAUGGUCACUUUCAUUUAUGAGCGGUGAAGGACUCAGAUGUCACUUUCCGUAUUCCACCGAUACCGGCUCGUUCAAGAACGACACAUUUGUACCCGCCAAACGGUAUAGUCGUUUUGCUCAGCUUCAUCAAUCUGUUAAGGAAGGAAGUCCCUCAACGGUCCUGAAAUUUGGUGAUUCUAGACCUUUGAAAGCUGUUGGGGCAUUUGUGGUUUGGAUCUCGAAUUUAUCCUCUUUCAGUGGUCCAUAUAUCCGUUAUCACCUCCUGAGAAACAAGUUUGGCGAGAAACAUCGUAGUCGGAUUCAACCAGUCAGGAAAUUGAAGAUACCAAACCUAGCUCCCUCUCACAGCUUCAGGGCGGAAGUUAUCGAUUUGAGCGCGGACGGAUACCUGUUCAUUCGAGGGACUGUGAAACGAAAUUACCCAUCAUAUCUCGAGUUCACUCGGGAUCUAGUUUUUGCACUCGAAGGACCGAAGUUGCUGUGGUAUCAGGAUCGCCGCGACGAUGAACUCCCCAAACUGUAUCCGCUAUACAUUGGAAAAGAGCAGAUUUAUUUUGUCACGAAGGUCGAUACACCAGAACUUAUUGCAUACAGCAUCAAAACAGGACAACGCCUUUAUUGUUCUAUGCUACCUGGCCAAUUCAGAAAUAACACCAACCCAUCCCUCUUCAGCUUUGUUCGUGAUAAGGAAAACGAAUUUCUAGCGCAUGUAUCACGAGUCCGUUCUCCAUUCGUUUGCGUCACUCUGGUCAGCGGAAUUGACGGUAAAGUUUCCCAAGAAAUCAGGAUUAAAGAUGAUCUAUGGCCCUUGAAAUUUCAAGGGCAGCCAAACGUUGCCGCCUUCGCGCUGGAAAGAAACCUGUCAAAUUUUCUUGGUAAGGGUUUGGACUUGAAGCUUUUUGAGAAGUAUUCACUUCAACGAAAUGGGAUGUUCACCAUAGUGUCAAGGGAUUUAUUUAUUGUGGAAGGCAGCGCAGCGGGCACUCAAUAUAUUUAUGUUGACCCUUUCAGGCAUUUGGCGUUUGCUAUGACUGAUGCGACCUUUGAAACCACAAUCCCACGCAUACUAGAACCGAAGGAAAUGUCGGAUAAAAAUCUCCGAAACGAGAUUGGAGCUGUUAUAAAACAGCAUGGGGUUAACGGAAAGAUUGACAGCUGGCUCACCUUGACUGCGGCAAACCGGAUUACCCUGCCGCCAAAAACCGUCGGAUCGAAACCUAGAGAACCAUGGCUGGUUUGUAACACAACCCCCAACGACACCUUCAAACUUGGUUUUUGGGAAGAGCGAGGGUUUAUGUUUAGCAUUAACAGCUCCUCUGAUAACUAUUCAGAGAUGACAUAUAUUGUGGAUUUCACAACAAAACCGAAUCACUCAAAUCCUGGAAUAUAUGCAGCAUAA